UAUGAAUGCAUAGAAAUACAUUCAGAUACCUAUCUUAUUAUGUUGCAGUAAUAGCAUUUGGAUUAAAAUUAUAUUCAAUCUUACGUUUUAAGUGAAGGGAGUUUUUGUGGAAUUCGUAUGUUUGUAGUGAUAUCAGCUAAAAAAAGCUUUGUUUUGCCAGCGCAGAACAGCGGUAAAAUUUAUUAUGUCGUCUGAAGAAAUCGAUAUCCUCGGCAAAAUCGAUUUAAUUGAACCAACAACCGGAAAAUUAUUUUUCGAGCAUAAAACUGAAUUAAUUUUCUGCAAACCACAUUUAAUACCCUUGAAAACAGAGGCAUUGGAACGCUUAGAGGAAAUGCAGCGUCAAGCAUCGCGACAGUUACAAGAGAAACGCUUAAAGACCGCUACAGAUGCGAAAAACUCCCGAAAAGCUGUAUAAAUAAA